AUGGGGAAAUCCGGAGCGAGGAAGAAGAAGAGCAACAACAACGGCAACGGUUCCAAAAACCCCAAUUCCGUCGAAAACUCAUCCUCCUCAAAACCCACCGUCAACGGCGGAACCGAUUUCGACGCCUUCGUGUUCCUCAAACGAGCACACGAGCUCAAGGAAGAAGGCAACAAGAAGUUCCAAAGCAAAGACUUCCAAUCCGCUCUCGACCAAUACGCCGACGCGCUCAAACUCAUCCCCAAAUGCCACCUAGACCGCGCCGUCUUCCACAGCAACCACGCGGCUUGUUUAAUGCAGAUGAAGCCGAUUGAUUACGAGAAGGUCAUCUCCGAGUGUUUGAUGGCGCUUCAGGUCCAGCCUGGGUCCACCAGAGCUUUGCUGAGGAGAGCGAGAGCAUUUGAAGCUGUUGGAAAAUAUGAAUUGGUGCGCAAGAUGUGA